AACACAAAGGUCACCAAAUCCGAAGGUAACAAAACCCAGCACAACUCCCAAAGAGAGUUGACCGCAGCAGCGACGGCACCGGAGCAACCAUGCCGGUUUUCAAGACUCCAUUCAAUGGCUACUCCGUGAAGUUCAGCCCUUUCUACGAGUCCCGUCUCGCCGUCGCCACCGCCCAGAACUUCGGAUCCUUAAAUGGCCGUGUUCACGUCCUCGACCUGUCCCCUUCUUCCCCUCUAUAGCCGAACUCGCCGCCUUUUGACACCGCGACGGCGUCUACGACAUCGCCUGGUCGGAAUCCCCACGAUUCUAUCCUAGUAGCCGCCGUCGCCGACGGCUCCGUCAAGAUCUACGAUACUGCUCUCCCCCCUCCCUCCAACCCUAUCCGCUCCUUCCACGAGCACACCCGCGAGGUUCACUCUGCCGAUUACAAUCCAACUCGUCGCGACUCGUUUCUCACCGGUUCAUGGGACGAUACUGUCAAACUCUGGACUCUUGAUCGACCCGCCAGCAUUCGGACCUUCAAGGAGCAUGUUUACUGCGUUUAUCAAGCCAUCUGGAACCCCAAACACGGCGACGUUUUUGCUUCCGCUUCUGGGGAUUGCACGCUCCGGGUCUGGGACGUGAGGGAACCUGGCUCUACUAUGAUCAUCCCCGCCCAUGAUUUUGAGAUUCUCUCCUGCGACUGGAACAAGUACGACGACUGCAUUCUCGCCACAGCUUCUGUCGACAAGACCAUCAAGGUCUGGGACGUUAGGAACUUCAGGGUCCCCGUCACCGUGCUGAAUGGUCACGGCUACGCGGUGAGGAAGGUGAAGUUCUCGCCACACAGGAGGAAUUUGAUGGUUUCUUGCUCCUAUGAUAUGACUGUGUGUUUGUGGGACUUCAUGGUGGAGGAUGCAUUAGUGGGUCGCUACGAUCACCAUACGGAGUUUGCGGUAGGGGUUGAUAUGAGCGUGCUAGUUGAAGGGCUCAUGGCCAGCGCGGGAUGGGAUGAGCUUGUCUAUAUUUGGCAGCAGGGCAUGGACCCCAGAGCCUCUUGAGUAAGAAAUUAGUAUUCUUAUAGCUUCUGUUGUAUUUCGCUCUUCAUAAUCAUAAUUUUUGUUGAAAUGGCAUGAUUUAGAGCAUAAAAUUAAUACAUCUGAUAAUUGUUGGGGAUUCGUGAUGGAUAUGUUCUUGUUGUUGUUUGUUGUGACAUUGGUUCAAUUAUCAUCAGCAGCGGUGUGAACAAUGUCCUGGUGAUUCCCCUGUAUAUCAGUUCUAAUAAAGCAAAAUUCAGAUGAAUACUGAGUUGUAUAAUGUAUGUGCAUACAGUAUUUUUGCAAAUGUAUAUUGGAGGGUGUAAUUGGAUAAUCCUCUUGUGA